AUGUUUAGGUUUAUGGCAGGCAGAUCUGGAUUCCCUGGCGCCUUCGGCAGGGUAUUACGUUAUAGGUUUUCUUCUACAUUGGCAUUUGUUGAAACCGAUAGAACAGGCGGUAUAGCAGUAUCUUCUUUAUCUGCUUUGAAAGCAGCGACACAGCUGGGUAAUCCCAUAACUGCAUUAUUGGUUGGUUCUAGUACAGAUGCUGCUGUGGGACAGUUGAAUGAGCUCGAUUGUCCUCAGUUGAAGAAGAUUAUGGUAGCUAAGAAUGCGGUAUAUGAAAAUUAUUUACCGGAGAGGGUUACACCGCUAUGUGUUGAAUUGUUAAAAGACCAGGAAUAUAGUCAUUUUAUUGUUUCUGCUUCUGCUGUUGGCAAGAACAUCUUGCCCCGUAUUGGUGCUCUUUUAGAUGUGCAGCCAGUGAACGAUGUCAUUACCAUCAACAAUAACAAGACGUUUGUGAGGCCUAUUUACGCAGGUAAUGCGCUGAUUACAGUGGAGGAUACACAGUCAAAGGUGUUGAUUAGUGUGAGAUCUUCUUCGUUUGAUAUGGUUGCAUCAGGGUCUAACGAUGCUGUUGUUGAGGAAGCUCCCGUUGUGGAGGUUUCAGACCUUGAUGUUAAGUGGGAGGGUGCAAGUUUAGUACAGUCUGAAAGACCUGACUUGGGUUCCGCUGUGAGAGUUGUCUCAGGUGGGCGUGGUUUGAAGAAUAAGGAGACAUUUGAAAAACUUGUUCAGCCUUUAGCAGAUGCUUUGGGCGCUGGUAUUGGGGCUACCAGAGCAGCUGUUGACGCAGGUUUCUGUGACAACUCCUUACAAGUUGGCCAAACUGGGAAAAUCAUUGCCCCAGAUUUAUAUGUCGCUGUAGGUUUAUCUGGUGCAAUCCAGCAUCUAGCUGGUAUGAAAGAUUCUAAAACCAUUGUAGCCAUUAACAAAGAUCCAGAGGCACCAAUCUUCCAGAUAGCGGAUUAUGGCCUUGUAGGUGAUUUAAAUGAGAUCAUUCCCCGUCUGACUGAAAAACUAAAGCAAUGA